AUGAAGGAGUACUUGAGCUCGCUGUUGAAGUUUUCGCUUCCAAGUCCAGAUCCCGCGACGAUCCAACUCCUUUUAAUUUUUAUCUCUGUUCUCCCUGUUGCUUCAAGUGUCAUAGCAUUGGGACUAUUUCGGUUCAAACAACCUUCUGAUAAUGAUGGCGCAGAGAAAUCUGCUCCUGCGUCCUCAUGGGGUGUUCAAGCCAUGGGGUACCUGCUGUCGCUUACACCGCAACCAGAGAAUUUCUUGAGACGCCUUACUCAACAGCUGCAGGGGGCUCCGGCUUACAUUCCGUCGAUAGGUCGGGAGAUAUACUUGGCCAUGCCUGGCAAGCAGAUCGAAGGAUUGUUCAGAAGAAGUAGCAGUCUGGUACCGACGCCUAGUUUGCUUGAUGCCCUGUCCAUCUUCUUCGGGCUGUCAGGCCACGAUGUCAAAGCUUUCAGCCAUGGCCAUAUAUCUGCUUACGAGUCCAACAUAGGAGUCUACACAACUGACGCGGAUGCCUUCCGGUGCUUCAUGAAGCAUCAGAGGCAAGACUGCGCUGAUCAUCUUGAAGGGCGGAACUUGGUCCCUGUUGUGGAGAGAUUCAAGAAAAAUUUGGCAUCUGAGAUUUCCGCAACGACAGAGAUCGGGCAGAACUGGGGCGUCGUUCCUGAUCUCUUCACUUUCUUGCCAAAUCCGAUACUUACGGCAAAUAUAGAGGCUCUGUACGGAGAGCACCGGCUUAAAACUUGUCCAAAUUUCCUUCGGGACUUCUGGGCCUUCUAUAAAGCAUUCCCCAACAUUGCCAAAGGUCUGCCCCGAUGGAUGAUGCCAUCUUCUUUCCAGACCCGUGACGAAAUGCUGAAAAGCUUCAGCCGUUGGCGCACCUGGUAUGCUGCAAAUUUUGACUGGAACAAUCACGAGCUUCGCGAUGUCGAGUACGAACCUAUCUGGGGUACCCAGUAUGUCCGUAAGAUGGUUCAGCGACACGAGGCCCUCGGGCUCUCCGACAACGGAGUGACCGUGGUGAUGCUGGGAUACUUUUUUAUCACAAUGGCAACCACCGUCCCCGCUGCUGUGUGGAUGAUCAUACACAUCCUACUCGAUGAAGAUGUGCUCCGACGGGUUUGGUACCAGAUCGGUCCGGCGUUCCAGUCCACAGGGGCCGGAGAGCGACCAGAUAUCAAGAUGUUGAUGAAAGACCCACUCCUCAACUCCAUCUACUACGAAACACUCAGGCUACGUGUCACGAGUACUGUUGGUCGAACAUCCAUCGACGAAGGGUUGAAUCUCGCUGGAGGCUGGAACGUCAAGGCUGGCGAGCCCAUCAUGUGUACUGGCCGGCUUGCGGGACUGGAUGAAUCCUUUUGGAACACCGGCCAGCCCCUGUCUACUGACCAGCCUUCGCACCCUCUGGAAACCUUCUGGGCUGAGCGGUUUCUCGAUUGUCCAGGCAGCACCAGUCUCAGCGGACCGAUGAAGAAGAAGCACGUCCAGCCUAUACGGGAUUCUCCAGCUGCCUGGUCAUCCCAACAGUACGAUGGCCAGCGUGGAAUAAGGCAUGGUCGUAUUCCUAACGACAUGGAAAAGUUUGUCAAACAGCUUAUGAGCUCUGUUCUUGAACUGCAACUAUUCCAGGACAAUGGUGGAGCUCUUAUAGCGUCGCAGCUCAGGGCCUCGAGUAAAUCACCCGUUUUAGGCCAUCCCCUUGGCUGCUAG